AUCAAAUGCUCAAACCAAAAGCAUCUUCACAUCUCAUUUCCCGCCAUUUCACAAAAGCCCUUGCUAAAUCCCAACGUCACGCACAACAAACCCUCACUGACAAGCUAUUAUCUCUCUUGAAACAAUGCACUUCCACCAAAUCACUCCAACAAAUUCACACCCAAAUGAUCAUCAACGCCAUUCACAAACCCAAUUUCCUCCUCCACAGAUUCAUUGAUCUCAAAGACUUCAACAAUGCUUCCCUUCUCUUCUCCCAAAUCCCGUAUCCCAAUGAGUAUGCCUUCAACAUUAUGAUCCGCGGCCUAACGACCACAUGGCAAAAAUUCAAUCUCACUAUUGAGUUUUAUUACCAAAUGAAGGACUUUGGCAUAAGGCCUAAUAAUUUCACUUACCCAUUUGUGUUUAUUGCUUGUGCCAAUCUUUUAGUGUUGAAUCAUGGGCAAUGUGCUCAUUCGGGGGUUUUGAAAAGUGGGUUGUGCGCGGACGGCCAUGUGAGACAUUCUUUGAUCACGAUGUAUUCCCGGUGUGGGGAACUGGGGUGUGCUCGGAGGGUGUUUGAUGAAAUUAGUGAAAAGGAUUUGGUGUCGUGGAAUUCGAUGAUAUCGGGGUAUUCAAGGAUGGGGUAUGCAGGGGAUGCGGUGGGGUUGUUUGUAGAAAUGAGGGAUGCAGGGUUUGAACCGGAUGAGAUGACUUUGGUGAGCAUUCUUGGUGCCUGUGGGGACUUGGGGGACUUGGGUUUGGGAAGUUGGAUUGAGGGUUUUGUUGUGGAAAAUGAGAUGGAUUUGAACUCGUUCGUGGGUUCUGCACUGAUUGGUAUGUAUGGCAAAUGUGGGGAUUUGUCAUCGGCCAGGAGGGUGUUUGACAGAAUGGCGAAGAAAGAUGUGGUCACUUGGAAUGCUAUGAUUACUGGAUAUGCACAAAAUGGAGUGUCAGAUGAAGCAAUCAUACUAUUUAGCGGCAUGAGAGAAUCAGGUGUUAACCCAGAUAAAAUCACAUUGGUUGGAGUAUUGUCUGCAUGUGCCUCAAUUGGGGCCCUUGACUUUGGAAAGUGGCUUGAUACAUAUGCAUCAGAAAGAGGCUUACAAAAUGACAUUUACGUUUCUACUGCCUUAAUUGAUAUGUAUGCAAAGUGUGGGAGCUUAGAUGAUGCACUUAGAGUUUUUGAAGACAUGCCCCAGAAAAAUGAGGUGUCUUGGAAUGCCAUGAUUUCUGCCCUUGCUUUUCAUGGGCGGCCCCAAGAGUCCUUGUCACUAUUUAAGCGCAUGUCAAAGGAGGGUGGUGCUGUCCGACCAAAUGAUAUCUCAUUUAUAGGAGUUCUAUCUGCAUGUGUACAUGCUGGUUUGGUUGAUGAGGGCCGUCAAUUAUUUGAUUUGAUGAGUUCAUCUUUUGGAUUGGUUCCAAAAAUUGAACACCACUCUUGCAUGGUUGAUCUUUUGGCACGUGCAGGACAUGUGCAUGAAGCUUGGGACUUCAUUGAGAAGAUGCCUGAAAAACCAGAUGAAGUUGUAUUAGGGGCAUUGCUCGGUGCCUGUCAGAAACGCAGAAAUGUAGAUGUCAGUGAGCGUGUAAUGCAUCUGCUUUUAGAGAUGGAGCCUUUGAAUUCUGGAAACUAUAUAAUCUCAUCAAAGAUAUUUGCAAACAUGAAGAGGUGGGAUGAUUCAGCUAGGAUGAGAGUGUUGAUGAGGCAGAGGGGUGUCACCAAAACUCCUGGUUGUAGCUGGAUUGAGAUUGAGAAUCAAGUGCAUGAAUUUCAUGCUGGUGAUGUCUUACACUUCAUUUCGCAAGAUAUGUGCCAGGUAAUUAACUUGCUAAAUGAGGAGAUGAAGGUAGAAGGUUAUGGUCCAAAGGUUGAUUUUCUAUAGAAAGGGAAGUGUGCUUUACUUGCCAAGCUUGUCAACUACCAAAUAACAUGCUUGGAGCCAUCAUGUCUUGUCAGAAAACAAGAAAGUCAAAGCUGCAGGGGGGUGACACAGUUGAGAGCUUUCAAAGAGAAGGGACCUCAAUGGCUGUUUAACUAAGCAAUUCCUGGGUGUGGAAAAGUUCCCUGUGUUAAGAUUUGAGCUCUGAAUUCUGAACCAGGAAAUGUCGUGGAGGGAAAUUAAGCCAUUGCAAGUUGACCACACAUACUUGUCCAAGAGAAGCAUUGGUGUCAUUCCUGAUUCUUACAGUAAUCCCUCACGGUAUAUUAAAUGUUCAAUGUUUAGUUUGGUUCCUUGAGGUGAUCCUCACCUGUAUCUUCACUAAAUACUGCCAACCUACUGACUUGUCGGAUGGAAGCAUUACAUAAAGUUCAAUUGUUUAGCA